AUGACCAACCAACACUCUAUCAUGCAGCCAACAGGCGAGGUCGAGCUCUGGCUCCGACGCUACGAGUGCUGGUUCUGUCCCUCUGAAUGGAUCGGCUUCUCAGCUCUCCUUGGGCACCUCGAAACCAGCCGAUGCGUGAAGGAAGACCGGAUCCGCACCCUCGCCUUUGAAUGCCCUGAAUACGGCUUCUAUGGCAAUCGCCUCACCGAUCCUUACCCAUUCUUCUGCUUCCAGUGCCACGCUCAGUUCACUCAGAUCUCUGCUCUUUUCUACCAUGUUGAGCGCAAUGGUCCCUGCUCUUACCUCCUGGGUGAUGGCGAGUGUCUGGGAAACCUUCGGGACUUUUACAUCGAAUACUACGACUGUCCCGGUUGCGAUUCCUUGGGAUAUUAA